CUUUUCUAUGCUUUCAAAAAAUAAAAAUAAAAAUAAAAAAUUAUAGUUUCGUUCAGUUUUAAAACUUUCCCGGACUGGCUCUUCAUCGUUUUAUCUUUUCAUCAACAGGUGUUCUCUGCUGGUCCAAAUUAAAAUUUACAGAAAUGAGAGAGAAGAUUACCUCAAGGUAUGACAAGUGUUUAGGGGCUGAGCUUUUCAAGGCCGUUCUGAUUUCCGGUGUGGUUCUCUACUUGGCCUCCAUUUUUCUCAUCAAAAAACCCAUUUGUUCACCUCCUGAAGGGGUACUGAUAUCGCCAGAGGCGGCGGAGUUGAGCAGAAAAAAUGAAUCUCCGACCAACAUCAACCACCUACUAUUCGGCCUUAUCGGCUCCGAGAAGGCAUGGCACCACCGGAAGGCCUACAUCGAGUCAUGGUGGCGGCCCGGCGUCACCCGCGGCUUCCUUUAUCUCGACGUGCCGCCCACCGAGCCUCUCCUCCCUUGGUCGCAGUCUUCCCCGCCGUACAGAGUCUCAGACGAUAUAAAUCAGAUGAUCCAUGAGACGAAGCACGUGGCCCCUAUCUCGGCGCGGAUUGUGCAUGGGAUAAUGGAGGUGUUUAGGGAGAGGCACGAGGGGGUGAGGUGGGUGGUGAUGGGAGACGAAGACUCCGUGUUCUUCGUGGAGAAUAUGGUUGAUGUUUUGGCCCAAUAUGAUCACACAAAGUACCAUUACUUGGGGGGUCAAUCGGAGUUUGUGAUGUCCCAUUACUGGUUCUCGUUUAACCAGGGCUUCGGCGGCGCCGGCUUCAUUCUCAGUUACCCUCUGGCGGAAGCUUUGUCCAACGACAUGGACAGUUGCCUGAGGAGAUAUGCGCACAUCAGAUCUUCUUCCGAUCAUAUUACCAUGCUUUGUAUAGCUGAUCUUGGAGUUAAUUUUUCCCCCUUGAAGGGGAUUCAUCAGAUUGAUUUACGUGGGGACCUGUCUGGAUUUCUGUCAUCCCAUCCCAAAUUUCCACUGCUAUCCCUUCAUCAUCUCGACACCGUAGAGCCCAUCUUUCCGGCCAUGGAUCGAUACCAAUCGGCGAAGCAUUUGGUGAGAUUGGCGGACUACGACCAGACCCGAAUGUUGCAGCAGACCAUUUGCUAUCACCGACAAAGCAACUGGUCGGUUUCCGUGUCGUGGGGGUACUCGAUUCAGAUUUACGAAAAGAUUCACCCCCGGAGUUACCUGCAAAUGCCGAUCGAAACGUUCCAGCCGUGGAUUUGGAAUCAACCUCACCCGCUUUACAUGUUCAACACUCGGCUCCCUUCUAAGGAUCCUUGCGAAGCGCCACACGUUUUCUUCCUUAUAACGGCAAACAGAACCGAGGAAGAUGGGGUGGUUAUGACGUAUCUCCGGUCGUCGGGGAGAGGGUCGCGGGUGUGUUUGUCUAGCGGCAACCAUUCAGCUGCUUAUGUUUCGAAGAUUGAAGUUUACUCGCCAUCGACAAAGCGUCCUAAGAUGGACAAAUGUGAGUGUUGUGACAUUAUCCAUUCAGAUGGUGAGGAAAGUUUGAAAGUCAAAUAUAGAAAAUGUUUGUUAAGAGAGGUCAUUGCUUAACUAGCAGUCAAGCUGUAACUAUCAUUUUCUUCUCAAAUAGUCUUAUUUCAUCCAUCAUCAUAUACCAUAAAUAAUAGGAUAAAUGUUUAGAAAAUUAUAUGAUUCACCAUCAAAACAUAUGAGAAUUGCACCAAGUGAAGAAUUAAAUAUGUUUUGGCUCGGCUAAUGGAAAGCAUAG